AUGACAGAAUCACCAAGAACAAGUAUUGAGUAUGAUGAUAUAUAUUCACAAGUCAUAUCACAAAGCAAUUAUUAUGAAGACAUAACCAAUAAUCAAGCACCACAAGCGUCAGAUGGAAUCCCAGUUUCAUCUGCUGUUCAGGAGGAGCCACCUGAGAAAGAAACGGAUAGUGAAUAUCCAACGAAUGUAAAAAUUUAUCGAACUAUAAAUACAUUUAAAAUUUUAGCUUUACUUCUUUAUAUUGCUCUCUGGAUAUAUCAAAUAAUCUAUAAUGCGAUUCAUAUUCCAUCAAAUUCGUCACCUGCAUCAGUUAAUAAUGGAACUAAUGGAACUUUACCUUAUCCUAUUUAUUAUAAUCCAUCUGCUUCAUAUGGUGGAGCUAUAAUCAUGACUUUUGUAUUCACAGUUUCCAUCGUUUUUCUUGUAAUCGAAUUAGCCUAUCUUUUUAUCACAUUUAAGCAAGAUUUUAUCACGAAAAGCCAUAUUAUCGUAUCCCUGGUGAUAUUUUUCAUUUAUCUUGUUUUUGCAUUAACCUUUAAUAUUAUUGCUGGUCUGGGUGUAUUAAAUUCAGAUGUAUAUUCCGCUAUGAUUACAUUAUUAUGGAUUAUACCCUUUCUCUCAUUAUUAGAAUUCUUUGCUGGUGUUCCAAAAUGGCCUAUAAUUGGAGUGGUUACGGUUAGCACUUAUGCCAAUUGUUACCUUUUAGAAAAUAAGAUUUAUGCUAUCGCUGAUGGAUUAAUUUGGGUCAUUGCAUUUUGCUGUUUUGUAGAAUUUAUUAUAAAUGAGAUUGAAUUUAAACAAACUAUUGACGAUUUCAAUCAUGAUGAUGAUUCACAAGCUUAG